GCUUCUAAGAUAUAAUUUAGACACAAAUCAAGAAUUGCUCAGAGUCGGCAGGUAUCAGACUACUGAAAGAAACCAUGCAAAAGUCACAAAUCAGCUGCCUUUUCACUGUGAUGAGCAAAUACUGCGCCACAGCACGAGACAUGGAGCAAGUCAUCAUGUUACCCAGUCUUCUACGGGAGGUGCCCAUGGAGACACAAGGUAACACUGCAAACAAUAGCAGCAACGACUUAUAUGAGCAGUACAUCAAACUGAAGACUGUCAAGAUCAGUUUGGAGAAUGGAUUCCUGCCACUGGCACAUCAUGACCUCAAGAUGGAGGGAAAUGCAAAUGCUGUGAGCACCAUGGAUGAAGAAGCAUUUUAUUAUCACUUGUUGGGAUUAUUCCAAAUACUCAAUCAGCUCACCCAAGAAGCCAGAGAACUGACCAGCAAGUACAAGGAUCUCCUUGGUGCAACAAGAUAAGCAAAAAUGCCAAAUCUUUCCCAGACCUUCAUCUUUUAACUAUGAUUUGACUGCUGAGAUCACAAACUCAAUGGACCUUCUUGAAAAGCUGAUUCCAAAUAAAGUCUUGCCUGCAGUGAUGGACAUAACAUAUGGGAGGUGAUAAGAAAACUAAAACUUCAGGGGGCUAUUAUUUUAAAUUAAA